AUGCAAGUGUAUUAUGCAUGCUUUCUGCUCGCUCUAUCAGCACUUGGCGUACUUGCAAAUACAGAAAAACUUAUCUUUACCGUUCAUCCCACCCGUUCCACAUGUUCUUUAACGGAAAUAGCAAGCAUACAAACCGAUAAAGUCCCCAUUCUCUCGCCACCGUACACACGUUUGCAAAACGCCAUUAUCCCUUUCCAUGACCCUCCGAAUCCGGCCGUAACGGCAUCAAAACACUGGUAUCAACUGAAAGAUCUGCAAAGUGACGCUAGCUAUGAAUGCCGAAUAUCGUAUCCUGCUAUUACACCUGCCGAUUUCUCAGUUUCGCUCCUCGAUCCAUGUGACGCCUUGAAUCAUCCCGACUUUCCUCUGAAUCCCAAAGCAGUGAAAACUGCUACCCAAAGCACACUGACCAAAUGGGUUCUAGUGGAAGCAAACUAUACCGGUGUGUCCAAUAUCCCAUUGGUUGAAUACACUCCAGUGGUGUAUGACAUUGUUUUGGAGAAUUUAUACGCGGGAUUUCUAUUUCACCAGGUAUAUAAAAUUGUAUUGGCUAUAGUGGGUGUGCUGGUUUUGGGGCAAUGGUGGGUUAUACCGUCAUUGAAAAAGUUGAUUAUUUCCAUUGUGAAUGACAAAUCACAAAAACAUGAAUAAUUAUGCCAUUUAUCCAUAAAAUGUCUUAUGCGCUUUUGUCACUGUGA